UCAAUACCCGGAAGUGACUAUCAAACGUGUUCGCCGGCCGACGGACUAGACAAUUUUUCUUAUAUUUUAUAUUAAUUUUGGUAUAUCUGUUAAUUGGUGUAGGAAAUCACUAUGCCAACAGUUUCAGUAAAUAGGGAAGAACUUUUUAAGGUUCUUGGCAGGAGCUAUACAUUUGAGGAGUUUGAUGAACUAUGUUUUGAGUUUGGUUUGGAGGCAGAGAUGGCUGAGGAUGAGGAAGGCCAAGGGGACAGUACUGAGGUUACUUAUAAAAUUGAGGUUCCAGCCAACAGAUACGACUUGCUUUGUAUUGAAGGGAUCGGAAGAGCUCUUCUUGUUUUCUUGGAAAGGUUGAAGGCACCAAGGUAUAAGUCUGUGGCACCCACAUCUGGUGCCAGACAGCAGCUUAAGAUUCUGCCAGCCACUGGUCAAGUACGUCCAUUUGCCGUGGCCGCUGUACUGAGAAAUAUUAAAUUUACCGAGGAUAGGUACAAAAGCUUCAUAGAUCUUCAAGAUAAACUGCAUCAAAAUAUUUGCAGGGUGAGAAAGUUGGUUGCCAUAGGAACGCACGACCUUGACACCAUACAAGGACCAUUCAUAUAUGAUGCUAAACCACCAGCAGAUAUCAAGUUCAAGGCAUUGAAUCAAACACAAGAAAUGACGGCUGUAGAACUGAUGAAACUUUACUCCGGAGACAGUCAUCUGAAAGCGUAUUUACCUAUCAUCCAAGAUAAACCAGUCUACCCAGUAAUCUAUGAUAAAAAUGGAGUUGUUUUAUCCAUGCCUCCUAUCAUCAAUGGUGAGCAUACAAAGAUCACCCUAGAGACCAAGAAUGUGUUUAUAGAAUGCACGGCAACAGAUCUGACGAAGGCUAAGAUAGUGCUGGACACCAUCGUUACCAUGUUCGGACAAUAUUGUGAGGAACCUUUUGUGAUAGAGCAAGCCGAAGUCAUACAGCCAGACGGUACUACAGUUGUUUAUCCUGAACUUGCCUAUAGACAUGAAGUGGUAAAUGUUGAGGAAAUCAACAAAAAAGUGGGCAUAAAUAUAGAAGGAGAUAAGAUGGCUAGACUGUUGACUAAGAUGUACCUGGAAUCCGAGGUGAUCGACGGGGGUAAAAAUAUACGAGUAGAAGUACCACCUACUAGAGCUGAUGUAUUGCAUGGGUGUGAUAUAUUUGAGGAUGUGGCUAUAGCUUACGGUUUUAACAACUUGACCUGGACCAUACCCAACACCAGCACAAUAGCUAAUCAGUUUCCAUUGAACAAGCUAACAGACCUAAUGAGACAGGAAGUUGCUGCGUCAGGCUUUACAGAAGUUCUCACCUUUGCCUUGUGUUCUCGAGAUGAUAUUGCAGACAAACUGAGACAGGAUAUUAAAACACGUAAUGCAGUCCAUAUUGCGAACCCAAAAACGCUUGAAUUUCAGGUUGCUAGGACGACGCUGUUGCCAGGGAUACUUAAGACCAUAUACCACAAUAAGAACAUGCCGCUGCCACUUAAACUUUUUGAAAUAUCAGAUGUUGUCUUAAAAGAUGAAAAUAAAGAUGUCGGAGCCAGAAAUGAACGCCACCUGUGUGCAGUGAACUAUAACAAGUCAUCCGGAUUUGAGAUAAUUCAUGGUUUAUUGGAUAGAUUAAUGCAAUUGCUGGAGGUACCCGCCACAAAAGAUGGCACCGGUUACUUCAUCAAAGCUUCAGAAGAUAAAACAUAUUUCCCGGGACGAUGUGCAGAUAUCAUGUUACGGGGAAAAUCAAUCGGAAAGCUUGGUGUUCUACAUCCCGAGGUGAUCACGACCUUUGACCUCAACAUGCCAUGUUCUGCUCUAGAGAUCAACCUUGAGGCGUUAAGAUAGUGUGAGAGGAGAUUAAAAAAGUUUUUCGAAGAAUUUAUUUAUUCUCUGAUCACAGUGAUUCAUUGGACAUGAGAAUAUAAACUGCAUUUAAAUUAAAUUUAACUGUUAAUUUUUGCAAUACAGAUUGUUCAUUCGAAACAGUCAUACAGACAGGAAUAUGUUAGAGAUGAAUUUGUUUCUUCGGAAUACUAACAUUUUAAAGGUCACGGCUGAGGUGUAAUAGUUUAGUGGUCUGGAUGUUUUACAAAGGAAAUUGAUUUGAGUUAUAUUUGUGUUGUAACCAUGUUUUGACGUGAGCACACAUUAUCCCAGAGAAUGAAUUUGAUAAGAAUUGAUAUGAAUUUUUUACAAUCUAAGCUUCUGAAUCUAAGCUUCUUUACAAGAGAUGUAAAUUUGAUAUGUUGUAUUAAGGUAAUUUUCUUUACUUCUUAAGCUUGUGAAAAUAUAGUAUUAUCUGCA